AUGGCUCCCACUCCCCAAACGCCCACCGCGAUCCACACCUACCCUGCCUCACUGUCUAAAGCAAGCCAUGGCCCCUCUCGCCCACCACGUACAUAUCCCACUCCCUCAAUCGACUCCGAUAUUGCCUCACCCCCAGACGCUUUGGCCCCGCUACACGAGUACUCUUCACUCCAAGAACUCCUCCAAAAAGCCGGGUACAAGGACACCAGGGUAUACACCCCCGAAGCUGAGAAGAUCCGGAGAAAUAUCAAAAAGACACUGGACGAGAAUGAGGAAGAGGUGGAUGCCCUUUAUGGGACGUACGGAUUUGACCGUGGGGUGCAGCAUGCGCAUCAGAAUGUGACAGAGCCCAUGAUGCCUAUGAAGCGGUCAACGUCUAUCCUGCGGUCGCUUGCUGUCCAAGCUGCUGCGCGGUCGGCGGCAUCUGUCGGGUCGAACGGCCCGGAUCAAUCUUGGUGGGCGGCAUGGGGCAAGAACCCGAGAAUGUCGCCCCCUGAACCAUCUACAGAGGUCGGGCUCAGCUUGGCGAGGAACGGAGACGGAGUGCGAAAGAUAAAGUCGACAUGGGAGCUCGAGUCGGGAAGGACACGGCGGGCAGAGACGGAUUCGCCUCUGCAAGAGGAGAGACCACCUCUACCCAACUGUAGGCAGGUCAGCAGUCCUCAAGAGAUGACAUCCGCCAUCGGCUACACCCCCACAAAGUUCACCACAAAUCCUCUCGACAAGAGUAUAUUCUCUUCCCCACCUCCCCCGCCGGCGCUGCCUGAUGAUGCAUUCGGGUACUGCCCUCUCCCGGACGACUAUGAGGCUCAGUGCGCAGAGGACGAAGCUUUGUAUGCCAUGGGCGCCAACGACUACGACGCCUACUCUCUCGGAUCUGGAUCUGCUACUCCUUCUAUCCGCUCGAGCUUCUCCGGUCACAGUAGAACACCAAGCGAUGACCGGGCAGAGCGAGAGAUCCGCCAAUUCCAGGAUGAGAUGGACGGCGAGCUCAAUGAGGUAAAUGAUGUUGGACAGAGGUUGUUGGCUGGAGCUGUAGAGUAUGAUGGAGAAUCGGAGGACGAGGAGGAGCAGGAGCCUAUCAGGACGUGGUCCCUGCCGAAGGUGAUGGUGGAGACGCCGAGCUCUGGCGAAGCGCCCACUAUCCCUAUGCCUUCUCCCCCGAAACCAGUCGAAGCUCCGCGCGAGACGCCAGUGGAAGAGGUGAAGAAGCCGCUCAAGUACGGCGACAGAGCUGCCAAGAUUCGCCUUGCCCACUCGACACCCAACCUGAAAAAGGCCGAGACGGCUCCUCCAGCCUUGCCUUCCGGCUGGUUGGGUUCCAUCCGAAGCGCUCUUCUUGGUCCUACUCCUUCCACAUCCUCGCAAAUCAAAGCUCGCCCACCUCCCUCUCUCCGUGUCUCUACCGCCGCGCCCGCUCAGCCUCGACUCGUCACUGCUUCUCCUGUACUGUGCGACUCUGUAUCUACAGAUGCCGAAGAUCUUCCUCCUGUACCUUCACCCACAGAAGGCUCUUCCCUCCUUCGCUACCGACCGUCACUCGCCAAGUUGCGUCAGACGUUCUUGGGAAAUGCGUCUGCUGUGGACGGAGAUGCGCUGGUGCUGUCCCCGAGACUGGAUUGGAAACAGCAGGGCGAAGAGUUUGCUGGCUGGAGCCCGAUGAGAAAGACUGGCAAGGCAGAGGCCGAGGUUGCCGAGUCGACGGAAGAUGGCGAGAUUGACUGGUCAAAGUCAUUUUUCUACAAGCCCUCUACUCCUCCAAAGGCUAGGGCCGGCGAACCCGAAACCCCCAAAGCCAAGCAGUCUUCCUCUGUCUCAACGGGGACGGUGCGCGGACCCAGAAAGCAGAGAUCCAUCAAGUCUCUGCAGGCUGCUCUUCUGCUCCCCGUCGCCCCUACACCCGCACCACCCGUGCCCGCCAUUCCCUCCCACCUCCUCUCUACUCCCCGGCGCAUCCCCCAAUUAGCGAUCCAAAGCCCGCAAGCUACAUCUCCCAGAGAACUAGUGCUUGACGGCGACGAGUUUUACCCGCAAAGCCUCCCGGACAGCUCAAAAAGAGGCAGGGGAAGCUCAAAACGAGGAAACGGAGUGAGGCGGAGGAAGAGCAAGAAGAAGAGUGGAUUGAGGGAGGGGGCAGAUUGA